AGUUCGUAGACGCAGUCGUCAGAAAAUUUCCGCCAAGGCGCAUGUUCUUCAAAGCCCAAGGAAGAAAAAAAAAGAAGAAAAGAGAGGAAGGAGGAGAAAGAUGAAGCCCAGCGCUCGGAGGAACCGCUUCCCCAUCUUCUUCCUCUCCCUUUCUUUCUUCAUCUUCCUGGCUUUCCUCUACAGCGAAGACCUCAGCUGCCUGCUUAGUCAAUCCAUCCUUCCCUCCCCUUCUCUCCAACUAGCAGAUGUGCAGAGGCCCAGAGAGAGAGAAGACGGCUCUUACUCGGAGGCCCAACUUCGCCAGAGGCUGAACCUUCAGAGGGUGCCGUUCUCAAUCGGGAAGACGGAAGAUGGGUGCAAUCCGUUUGCGGGGAAAUGGGUGAAGGAUGAAGUGUUCCAUCCCAAUUAUCAAGAGCACGAGUGCCCAUACAUCCAGCCUCAGUUGACAUGCAAGGAGCACGGCCGCCCUGAUUCAGAUUACCAGCAUUGGAGAUGGCAGCCCCAUGGCUGCUCCCUUCCCAGAUUCAAUGCGACGUUGAUGCUGGAAACUCUGAGAGGGAAGAGGAUGCUGUACGUUGGCGACUCCCUGAACAGGGGCCAAUACGUUUCUAUGAUUUGCCUUCUUCAUCGCGUGAUUCCCCAACACGCAAAAUCAUUUGAAACCAACGGUUCCCUCACUGUGUUCACGGCCAAGGAGUACAAUUCGACGAUCGAGUUCUACUGGGCGCCGUUCCUGCUGGAGUCCAACUCCGAUGACGCCGUGGUGCACAGGGUGGCGGACAGGGUGGUGCGAGCCAAUUCCCUCGACAAGCACGCCCGCUACUGGAAUGGCGCCGACAUCAUCGUCUUCAACACUUACCUCUGGUGGAUGACCGGCCAAGACAUGAAGAUACUUAGGGGUUCAUUUGAGAGCGAGACGAAAGAGAUCUUUCCAAUGGAAACAGAGGCUGCAUACAAAAUGGCGCUCGACAACAUGGUCAGGUGGAUAGAGAGCAAUAUGGAUCCCCUUACCACCCGAGUCUUCUUUACCAGUAUGUCACCAACUCAUGAGAAGAGUAAGGUAUGGGGAACUGAGAAAGAAGGAAAUUGUUACAACGAAACAACUCCAAUUAUGGAUCCGAAUUACUGGGGAUUCAGUUGCAGGAAGAACAUUAUGAGACUCAUAGGAGAUGUUUUCAGCAGGAUGAGUGUGCCCAUAACGUUUCUCAACAUAACGCAGCUCUCACUGUACAGGAAGGAUGCACACACUGCCAUCUACAAGAAGCAAUGGAGUCCUUUGACCCCUGAGCAGCUAGCAAACCCAGUGAGCUACGCAGAUUGCGUCCACUGGUGCCUGCCUGGGCUUCAAGACACUUGGAAUGAGCUCCUGUAUGCUAAGCUUCUCUACCCUUGAUAACGUAUCCCUCACAGGCAAAGUCAAUAUGAGAAUAUACAGAAUGCUUCUACGGACGGCGGGUUAUCUCACAUUAUCCUGCAAAGAAGGGGAGGUCCCACCUAUUAGGGGGGCACAUGAUCUCGGAUUGUUGAGCAGGAUAAUCUGGGAUAACCCCACCUUGUAAUACUCUGUAACAAGUUUCCCGUCGCCCAUAAUUUGGACGCGGUAAAGAUGGCGUGUCCUGCCGCAGAUAUAAAGUUUUCAUUUUUUUAUUUUUUCGAAUGUAAAGAAAGAUGGGUAAGUGCCAUCCAUCAAAUUUGUAACUGAAAAUCUUAUUUCAAUGCAACGGCAAAGAGAUUUCAUA